AUGGGUCUUGCAGAUUCACAUUCUCUGAACCAAUCCUCUCUUUUUAUAAUACAGUAUGUCCGUCGAGUCAAUGCUGUUCUCAGUAUGGUUGGUGUGGUACCACGAGUGCAUACUGUGGCACCGGUUGCCACUGUGCUCAGCACAUGUUCAAAGUCUGGCACAUUCGCUCUUACCUUUGACGAUGGCUCGACAGAGAUCACAAAUACUCUGUUGGACACUCUUAAGUCAAAGGGGGUGAAAGCCACCUUCUUUGUAAACGGCCUAAAUUAUAGGUGCAUCUAUGACAUGGCCGACAUAAUCAAACGUAUCGUGGCUGAAGGUCAUCAGCUUGGUAGCCACACUUGGGAUCACGCAGACCUUACUACGUUAUCCGAUACUCAAAUUCGUCAAGAAAUGACAAAACUCGAGACUGCUUUUCGCAAGAUUGUCGGAAAAGUUCCCCGCUAUAUGCGUCCGCCUUAUGGUUCCAUCAACGAUCAAGUCCGCCGCGUACUUGGGUCACUCGGUUAUACAGCUGUUCUGUGGGAUAUUGAUAGCGGUGACUCUUUAGGAGACAGUGUAAAUGAAUCGGAGCAGAUUUACACAGAUAACGCUAUCUUUCCGACUCCACAUUGUGCACUCAAUCAUGAUCCGCUUUCCACUACUGUCAAUCAGCUUGCACCGUUCGCAAUUGACUUGCUGAAAGGCAGGGGAUACAGUUUGGUAACAUUCGGUCAAUGUAUUGGAGACAACACGGGGUGGUAUAAGGAGACAACGACACCCGGAACUAGAGAUAGUACAUGGGUAUGUUAA